GGGGCCCGGCCGCGAGGGGCGAAGUCCGAGCUCUCCCGCUCCUCGCCGCCCACCAAGGACCAAGUUCCCCGACCAAACAGAGGGCGGCGAGAAGCGGCCGGCUGCUGAGGAGGCGAAGCGGCGGCGGCGGCAUUUGGAGGCGCGUCACCUCAGCGGACAGCGAAGCGCGCAGCGAUGGCGGCUCCCGACGGCGCGAACCUGUCGGUGGUGGUGCACAAAGCCGGCGACUUGCGCCUGGAAAACCGGCCAGUACCUGAAUCAGGUCCCAACGAGGUGCUUUUGAAGAUGCAUUCUGUAGGGAUUUGCGGCUCUGAUGUCCAUUAUUGGACACAUGGACGAAUUGGGGAUUUUGUUGUGAAGAACCCCAUAGUGCUGGGCCACGAGGCUUCAGGAACAGUUGUCAAAGUGGGGUCCGCAGUGACUAAAUUAAAGAAAGGUGACCGAGUGGCUAUUGAGCCUGGAGUUCCCCGAGAAACAGAUGAAUUCUGCAAAACUGGCCGAUACAACCUGUCUCCAAGCAUCUUCUUCUGUGCAACUCCUCCUGAUGAUGGGAACCUGUGCCGCUAUUACAAGCACGAUGCAAACUUUUGCUACAAACUUCCAGACAAUGUGACCUAUGAGGAAGGUGCCCUCAUCGAACCUCUUUCUGUGGGAAUCCAUGCUUGCCGAAGAGCCGGAGUCACUCUGGGAAGCAAGGUCUUAAUUUGUGGUGCUGGACCUAUUGGACUUGUGACUUUACUUAUUGCUAAGGCAAUGGGGGCUGCACAAGUGGUGAUAACAGAUUUGUCAGCUCCCCGCCUUGAAAAGGCUAAGGAAAUUGGGGCUGAUUUCGCAGUUCAGAUAAAGAGUCAGAGCCCAGAGGAGGUGGCCCACCUGGUGGAACAAGCGCUUGGUUGCAUGCCUGACAUCACGGUGGAAUGCACAGGGGCCCAGGCUGCUAUCCAGACGGGGAUAUAUGCAACACGUUCUGGAGGGACUCUGGUUCUGGUGGGACUAGGACCUGAGAUGGUCACGUUGCCCAUUGUGAAUGCUGCUGUGCGGGAGGUGGACAUCCGAGGGGUAUUUCGAUACUGCAAUACGUGGCCUAUGGCAAUUGCUAUGCUUGCGUCAAAAAAAGUGAAUGUCCAACCACUGGUGACACAUCGCUUUCCUUUGGAAAAAGCUAUGGAGGCUUUUGAGGCCACCAAGAAGGGGCUUGGGAUAAAAAUUAUGCUGAAGUGCGAUCCCAGCGACCAGAAUCCUUGAAAAAAACCAGAAUGCAACACUCUGCUGCCCUGCCAAUGAGGGUAGUUCGCUUCUAAAGGACACUCAGAGACUUAAAACUACAUCACCUAGGAAACAAAUUUCAGUGAAAUUAUAAACCUUAUGCUCUCUUACCUAGAAAAGUUAGCGAAAUUUGAUGAAAUGCUGAAAUCAGUAGGAGGAAUUUGAUUAUAGGUGUUAGAGCUGAAACACACAGAACAGGCAUGGAGUGCAGCUUUUGCUGUGCAGUUCUGUUUUGCACUGCCUGUGUGAGUUCCCCAGAUAACAAACUCCCUGGAUAAACAAAACUGUUAUAUCAAGGAGGAAGGUUAUAACCUAACCACCUAGCUUUGUAUGUCUGGGGAGCUGUUUCAUAUGGCAGAAAACUCAACUAUGCAUUACCCACCUGUAGUCUGAAAUAGUUCAGCCCAGUAAGAGCUGUACAACGUCACUGCUCUGAUUAUAUGUUUCUGCUAUCGGAUAACACUAUGGACUUGUUCCUCUCCUAAUCUUCCCCCUCUCAUCCACAACUAAUGCAGAUUUCACAUCCACUUAUAUUCAUCUCCUAAGCAGUCAGAACUUCUUUUUGAUAAACAUAUGUAGAUCCUAAGAAUCUAAGAAGAGCCCUAGUCCAGAAUCUUUUAUUUUCCACCAUGACCAGUCAGAUGCCUAUAGGAAGCCCAGUAGGAAGUUGGUCACUGUGGACAGUAGACAGGGAACUGCUGCUAUUGUUCCCCAGAGACUGGAAUUUGGAGCCAUGCUGCCUCAGACCCAGUGUACCAUUCAUCAACACACAGACCUGUUGCUUCCUUGCAUAUUUCUUUUACUACAGGACUUAGAUGUGGGCUUUUGAGCUGCUUUCUCUGUAAGAAAUGCCUGUGAUGAGUGAAGGAGAUAGUGUUGGGGGCAUUUGGAAGUUUGACUAGCAAAGUUACAUUCCAUUCCACAGAUAUUUCAUUUCUGGACGAAGGCUACCCCCGAAUGUGACAAUUUCAGUAACAGAGGAAGUACUUCUCCAUUACUUCCAUUAUGUGCCCUAUGCUUGAAAACUUAUGUAAUUCCAACCUAGAUGGAUAUCUCUUGGCGUAUCUAGGGAUGGAUGAAUCUAUCGGUUUCAGUUUCUAGUUUUUCCAGUCCUUAAGUUCAGAUCACUACAUAUCUGCAUCACUUUGUGAUAUAUUUGGAACUCCUUGUGGACAGUGGUCAGCACUUAAGUGCACAUUUCUCUUAAUAUACACAUUUUGCAAUUUACCCUAAUAUUAUUUUCACCUCUUGUUUUCACUGAUAUAUGCAUUUUGUGCACAUUUUUUUGAUGGGAAAACUGCAUUGCAAAAUUCAGAUAACAGAAUUUUGAAGGAUAGAUGCACCAUUUUGGGAAGUGUGAAUUGGAUAGAUAACCAAAUUUCUAGGAGCAUCUCAGGGACCUCAACCAAUUAUUGCCACUAGGAAACAAAAGCAGGGGGUGUUUGGCACUUUGCCUGUGCGCAGAUUCCCUGUGCAAACAUAUCUCUCGUGUUCAAAUAUUCUGCAUUGGAAACCUGCAGGGAUUACCUAAGCCCUUGCUUUUCCACAAGUGCUGUAAUGAGAGCCACUUCCUCAUUGUAUCAAAGGCUUGAAAGGCAUGUCGACAUGCUUCAGCAAGCAGCCAGAUUAAAGGCUGGACUGUAAUUCUGAAGUGUGAAGUGGCCACAUACUUAACUGACAACCCAAGAUCCUGUGCCUUCAGCAAGGGCCUAGGGCAGAAACCACUAAUUAUAUAUUUCGUUCGCUGGGGUCAUGUUAUACUGAGUCUGUCUUCCACUGGGCUGCCUCUGUUCACUGACAUACCUUGAAAAGGAAAUGCAAAUAGGCUGAGUCUGUUGGAAGGGACUGGAGAAACCACUCUGACUGCUUUGAAUUUUUAGGAAAUGUUAUUUUGUUUUAAAACUCGAGAGUAACUUGGAAAUAAAGUAGCUAUAUUGAGCAGA